AUGAAGCUCGUCCGGUUUCUGAUGAAGUGCGCCAACGAGACGGUGACGAUUGAGCUGAAGAAUGGCACCAUCCUCCACGGCACCAUCACCUCCGUCUCCCCCCAGAUGAACACCUCCCUCCGCACGGUCAAAAUGACCCCCAAAGGCCGCGACCCUAUUUCCCUCGACACCAUCAACAUCCGUGGCUCCACGAUCCGCUACUACAUCCUGCCCGAUAGUCUGCCCCUCGACACGCUGCUGAUCGACGACACGCCCAAGCCCAAGAACAAGGCGCGCAAGGAAGCCGACCGCGGAGGCCGUGGUGGUCGUGGUGGUCCUCGUGGUAGAGGGCGCGGUCGUGGCCGUGGCCGUGGUCGUGGAUUCUAA